AUGGGAGACUGGUCAAUUCUCGGGCGUUUCCUAGUGGAGGUUCAGAACCAUUCCACAGUGAUAGGCAAGAUCUGGCUGACAGUGUUGCUGAUCUUCCGAAUCCUGCUGGUGACCCUUGUAGGAGAUGCAGUGUACAGUGACGAGCAAUCAAAGUUCAUCUGUAACACACUCCAGCCAGGCUGCAACAAUGUCUGCUAUGACACUUUUGCACCAGUCUCACACCUGCGCUUCUGGGUCUUCCAAAUUGUCCUGGUAUCUACACCAUCCAUCUUCUAUAUCAUUUAUGCUCUUCACAAAAUCACCAAUGAUGAGAAAGUUCGAACAGAGCAAGCCCAGGCUAUGCUCCACUGCCCACAUGUUGAGUAUGUCGGGCAGUCAGGUGGAGAAAGUGAUGUUUAUUUGGGAGGAAAGCCAUCAAAUGGGCUAAAAGAUGAGGAAAGUCCAAAUAAGGAGGGUAUGGAGCAGAGCCUCCUGCAGGGUGACUACAGAGAGGCUGGCAAGGACCCUACUGAAUAUUCAGGACAGAUAUUGUUGACAUACAUAGUCCAUGUGGUUUUUCGAUCCAUUCUAGAGCUAAUGUUCUUGGUGGGCCAAUACUAUAUGUUCGGACUUAAGGUGCCAUUUCUGUUUCGCUGCAAGGCCUAUCCAUGCCCAAGUCGAACCGACUGCUUUGUGUCACGUGCUACUGAGAAGACCAUAUUCCUAAACUUCAUGUUUUGCAUAAGUCUGGGCUGCUUUCUUCUCAACAUUGCUGAACUUCACUAUCUAGGCUGGGUUUAUAUCUUUCGCAUAUUAUACAGAGCAUGUAUUCGGUGCUGGGAUUCUAAAAGGAAACUACAUAUUGUCCACAGUCCUUUGCAGCUAAGGCUAAGGCAUUCAAUGCAAAGCAGGCUGGUCCUGCAGUCUUCUUCAGCCACAGUGUCUCGUGAGAAGACAGCCACUGCCAUGCUGUCACAUGGACCAUCCAUUGCUUUUGAGACAGACUCAACACUGGAGUGCACCUCAAAGAGAAACCCAGAAGAAAAUAAAUGCGCAGGAAUAAAAUUAUUCAACAUAGCAAAGUUGAGCAGUAAGAAGUCUUGGUUAUGA